AUGGCGUCCCUGGACCUGCCGUACCGCUGUCCUCGCUGUGGGGAGCACAAGCGUUUCCACAGCCUCUCCUCCCUCCGCGCCCACCUGGAGUACAGCCACACCUACGAGACACUCUACGUCCUGUCCAAACCCGGCGCCGCCUGCGACGGGGCCCUCGUCCCCCUGGUGGGGCCCUCGGGGGGCCUCCAGGACGUGCUGGCCGCCAAGGACCGCCGCUUCCCCUAUGAGCUGCAGUGUGCCGAGGAGCUGGGCCUGGGGGCGGCCCGGUACAUCCCCGACCUGGAGUUCCCCCUCAGCGAGAUCUUUGUGAAGAAGGACGCGGCCGCGUCGGCCGCCACGCCCACCUCGCCCGGCACCGCCGUCGCCGUGGCGACCAGCGCGGCCGUGGUGACGAGCGCCGUGGAGGCGGCCUACGAGGAGGGCCUGGCCCGGCUGAGGGCGCGGGCCUUGGGGAAGCUGGACCUGGAGGAGCGGCUGGAGAGGCUGUCGGAGGAGGUGGAGCAGAGGAUCGCGGCCAGGGUGGGCCGUCUGCAGGUGGAGCUGGAGAGGAAGAGCUCGGAGCUGGAGAAGGCCCGGCAGGAGAGCGUCAGGCUCGGCCAGGAGAAGCAGGAGCUGGAGGACAAGGCCACGGAGCUGUCGCGGCAGGUGGACGUCUCCGUGGAGAUGCUGGCCGCCCUCAAACAGGACCUGGUGGACAAGGAGCAGGAGCUGACAAAUAAGCAGCAGGAGGUGUCGCAGAUCGACCACUUCCUCCACGAGACGGCAGCGCGGGAGGCUAACGCUAAAGUGCGGCUGCAGCAGUUCAUCGAGGAGCUGCUGGACCGGGCUGACCGGGCAGAGAAACAGCUGCAGAUCAUCAGCAGCUGCGGCACCACGCCCAACGGCAGCCUGAGCCACUGCAGCAUGUCCGGGUCCAGAGGCACCAGCUGCCAGAGAAACUCCAGUGGUUCAGGCGGGUCCAGAGGAGUUUACCAUGUAUCAGAUCGAAGGUCCUCGCCUAACAGUGGGUUGUGCAGCCGGUUGAAGUCGGCGUCUCAGUGCUCGGGGGCGUACGACAGCGACGGGGCGGACAUGCUGCCCCUGGAGGAGUGCGCCGAGGCGCAGUACUACCACGUGCAGUGCCAGCUGGGCGAGUGCGGCUACGAGCGGGCCGCCAUCACGCGCAGCUGGGGCCUCCGGAAGCAGGCCCUGCAGAACCGCCAGCGUCGGCCCCACCGGAACAGCACCGAGGGGGAGGAGGGCGACGUGUCCGACGUGGGCUCCCGCACCACCGGGUCGGAGGUGGACGUGUGGGACCAGGAGCGCAGGGCCUCCUCUGACAGCCAGCACUCGCCCUCCUGCAGGGCGGGGCUUCGCUCGGGUUCAGGGCGCUCAGAGGGGCCCUACAAGCCCUGCAGGCACAAGGAGGGCAGCCCGUCUCGCUCGAACGAGGUGAUCAGCCCGGACGUGCUGAAGAUGCGUGCCACCCUCUUCUGCAUCUUCACCUACCUGGACGCGCGGAUGCUGCUCCGCGUGGCUGAGGUCUGCCGCGACUGGAAGUUUGUGGCCCGCCACCCGGCCGUGUGGACCCGCGUGCUGCUGGAGAACGGCCGCGUCUCCUCCAAGUUCUUAAUCACGCUGUCUCAGUGGUGCACGCAGACACACUCCCUCAUCCUACAGAACCUCAAACCCAGACAGAGGGGGAAGAAGGAGUCAAAGGAUGAGUACCUGAAGAGCACUCGUGGCUGUCUAGAGGAGGGCUUAGAGGCCAUUUUAAAGGCCACAGAUGGCAAUCUUCUCAUUCUGAAGGUGUCUCACUGUCCCAACAUCCUGACUGACCGCUCGCUGUGGCUGGCUAGCUGCUACUGCCGCACCCUGCAGGCAGUCACAUACCGGAGCGCCACAGACCCCGUUGGCCAGGAAGUGAUCUGGGCUCUUGGGGCUGGCUGUCGAGACAUCAUCUCUCUGCAAGUCGCCCCUCUGCACCCAUGCCAACAGCCAACCCGCUUCAGUAACCGUUGCCUGCAGACCAUUGGCCGAUGCUGGCCACACCUCCGGGCGCUGGGAGUGGGCGGGCCCGGAUGUGGGAUCCAGGGUCUGACAUCGCUCGCGAGGAACUGCAUGCGUUUGCAGGUGUUGGAGCUGGACCAUGUGAGCGAAGUCAACCAGGAGCUGGCAGCAGAGGUGUGCAGAGAGGGGCUGAAGGGCCUGGAGAUGCUGGUGCUCACAUCUACACCUGUUACACCAAAGGCCCUGCUACACUUCAACAGUGUGUGUCGUAACCUCAAGUCCAUCGUGGUCCAGAUUGGAAUAGCCGAUUACUUUGAGGAUCCCAACAGCCCGGAGGCCAGGAAGCUGUUUGAGGAGAUGUUGGAAAAACUGCAGGCCUUAAAGAAGAGACCAGGCUUCUCGAAGAUCCUGCAUGUGAAGGCAGAUGGUGUUUGCUAACCCCCCCCCUCGGAGGGGUGAGUAGUGAAAAGAGCCAAGCUUACCUUCCGGCCUGUCGGCCUCAAUCUGAACGAGCCCUUUUCUCUUUUCCGGCUGAAUCCACAGCGGCGCGAGGACUACGGAUGAGCGGGAAACAGGGAAGGAGACAGCCGGUCUUUUGUUCACGCAAGCCGUGCACAUUCCUCACAGCUUUUCUGGGAUCCGUUUUUUUUCCUGACGCUAAGCCGCAGCGCUAUCCGUGGAGCUCAGCCAGCGCAGACCGUAAACUGCAGGGGCGAGGUCGGGGUCUUUCACAAUCCUGUCACAGCCGUGUCAAAGCCCUCUGUGCAGAAGUGCGAUGAUUUUAAUAUGGGUUCGCUUGUCCUGACGUUAACAGCCUUUUUUCACUGGAGUCUGCAGUCCACAGUAAGGAGCGCUCUGUGUUGCUUCUGUUUUACCAAACAGACUGCAGCCAAAUGCUGAGUAACGGAUAUCUCCGUCCACAAAGAGAACAGUACUGUGGUUUAAUGAGGGGAUUGUCGGAAAGCACAAAUUGCAAAUGGGUGUCGAAACGGAGAACAUAUGAAGGCCCGUUGAACGACUUCCAACUGUCAGCUGUGGUGUCUCUGGGCAUUUCAGUUCAUAGGGAACAUUUCUGUGGUGAAAAGUUGGUGAAACACUGUCUUGGCAUUCAAGUGAAAACCCAGCUAGAGAAGUGAACGUUUUCUAGCCGAAUAGGAUGUAGCCAGGCUAUAUCUGCGUAAAAUCCGAGUUAUACUGGGUUUAACCUAGUCCAUUUCUGUCAAAGUAUCAUCAACCUAGAUUUUUUAGACCUUAAAAAUCCCGGUGUUUGCUCAUUGGGUGACCGGGUUGGCAGGAAACGGUCAGAUUCAGCUCACUAAUUCACGCUCACACAGGCAGUCACUCACAUAGGAGACUCAGCUCACUAAUUCACACUCACACAGGCAGUCACUCACAUAGGAGACUCAGCUCACUAAUUCACACUCACACAGGCAGUCACUCACAUAGGAGACUCAGCUCACUAAUUCACGCUCACACAGGCAGUCACUCACAUAGGAGACUCAGCUCACUAAUUCACUCACACAGGCAGUCACCCACAUAGGAGACUCAGCUCACUAAUUCACACUCACACAGGCAGUCACUCACAUAGGAGACUCAGCUCACUAAUUCACACUCACACAGGCAGUCACCCACAUAGGAGACUCAGCUCACUAAUUCACACUCACACAGGCAGUCACCCACAUAGGAGACUCAGCUCACUAAUUCACACUCACACAGGCAGUCACUCACAUAGGAGCUCUGACUGCUAUUUUUCUUCAUAAAUAUGUGAAUCUCCUGCCUAUCCAAACACCAUUUUCGUAUAGGAGGCAGGUUUCUACAGACCCCCC